ACCGGAAAAUCCACCCAAAGAUUGGAGCUUUCCGGAGGAGGGGGGCAAGUACGUGACAUGGACAGGCGGCGUUGGUCGCAGGAGGCAGCCUUUCAAGAGCAGUAUGGCGAGAUAGAGCAUCAAAACCGGUCUAACAACCUGCCCCUCCACCAGCACACUUGUCCAUGUUAAGCCAGGAUGCGGACAGGUAUGGAGUUCCCCCUUCGUUUCCUUCCCAAGUAGCCUCGCUGCCGCAGUGGCGAAAUGAUCCACCAGGCCUGCGUGAAAUGCGGUGCGCGAGCCAGCUGCCUUUCCAGCAGUUGACGAUGGCCCUUGCUUACGACGGACAGCAGAUGCUGGGGUCCCCUCAACCUCGCGCAACGUCCUCUCCUUUCAGCGGUUUCACAGCUAGGUCGGUGCCUCCUCCGGGAUUCACAGCAACGUUGCUGGGGGAAGACGACGACGUGGAGUGCGGUGUCGACGGGAGCGGGGUGGGGUUUGGGGUGACCGGUGAUCGCCGAGCAGAUCAUGAGCGGGAGCACGACAACGCUGCAAUGGGGAGGUGUGGUGACGCAGGUCACGAAUUUGGACACUAUGAACAAUGCGGCGGGGGACAUGUGCCGACUGUUGACAUUUCCAAUCCUUCUCGACCAGCGGCGGAGAGGAGUGGCCAUGCAACGCCCACACACGGGCAGCGGGCAAAUGCUGGCGAUGUGCCUGCCACAGCGGUGCUCCAACAACCAUCUCCAUUUGCCCCCGCCACGGGAGCCGGGGCAGGCACAGGGCCGAUUGGCCGCAGACGUGGCCGUCCUCCAGCCGCAACGUCCACGGCAAGUGCGCAAGCUCCUCCCGCGCAAAAAAAAGUUCAAUGGUCGCUAGAAGAGUGCUUGGCUCUUGCUAGGAUCCAGCGCGAAGACGAUGCUCUUAUGGCGGACGCGUCGAGUGUGCACAAGCUGAAGAAGCAUAGGAGACGGGAGUGGAUCGCUCGUCGGAUGAGGGAUGAAGGGUGGAAUCGAUCUGCGAAAGACUGCCGGAAGAAGUGGUUUGCCUUGGGGCAGAAGUUGAAGGUGCUCGCAGACAAGGUGGGUCAGUCUGGGAAGCCAGGAUACUUCGACAUGACAGUAGAAGAGAGGAAGGCGGAGGGGCUGUACGCCAACUGUGAUCGGAGGUUGUGGGCGGAGAUGGACUGGAUUCUGCAAAAGCCGUCGGGGACUUGUGACAACACGCUGAACUCGGACUCUCUCAAUGCGAAGGACGGGGACAGUUCGGCGAAAGGAUCAAGUGACAGAGGAGGUUCGGACCGGGAGCGGUCUGAUGGCAAAGCCAGCGCCGGUAAGACGAGACGCACGUCCAGUGGGAGGGUGAACGAUGGGGAUGGGCCUUCGUCCAUGUCAGGGAUGAGUGUGGCACUUGCAGAAUCAACGCGGGUGUACGUGGACGGGUUGGACAGGGCGGCAGCGACGAUAGCAGAAGCACAGACAGCGGGGGCAACAAUGGUGGCAGGGAGGCUCGGUGACAUGGCCACGCAAAUCGGGGCAGUGGCCAGUGCCAUGACAGAAGGCAACGCUGUCCUUCAGCUGCUAGUGGGUGUGAUGGCGAGCCGGGGCCCAAGGGGACCCAAUAGCCCUCGUGAGGCUCGGGGGGGUCGUGACAACGACCCGUCUUCCCUACACACCAAUGAUGAUGCUCAUAAUGAUGAUGAUGAUGUUGAUGAUGAUGAUGAUGAUGAUGAUGAUGAUGAUGAUGAUAUUGAUGAUGAUGAUGAUGAUGAUGAUGAUGAUGACGACGCGCCAAUGAAGAUGCUCAUAAUGAUGAUGGUGAUGUCAGUAAUGCUGCUGCUGCUGCUGAUGAUGAUGAUGAUGACGCAUGCUAGCCAUACCCACUCCGCUGGGCCCAAAGGAAGCGCCAGCCUCCAUACUGAUGAUAAUGAUGAUGACGAUGAUGAUGAUGAUGAUGAUGAUGAUGAUAAUGAUGAAGAUGACGAUGAUGAUGAUGAUGAUGAUGAUGAUGAUACUGGUGAUGAUGAAAAGCCGCCGAUGAUGAUGAUGAUGAUGAUGAUGAUGACCGCGAUGAUAAAACCGAAGAUGGUGAUGAUGAAUGAAAAUUACCGCCGUUAUCCCCACAUUAUGAAAAAUGUCGAUGAUGAUAAUGGUGAAGAUUACCGUCGUUGGCAACGCAGUACGAGUGAAGGCCGACGACAAAUCCACCAGGAUACUGAAACUGAAAGCUGGCCAGAAUCGAAGAGAACGUCCCACCCCAAGAAGCAAGGUAUCCUCAGUCACACAGAGGUUUCCAAUGCCUGAAGGUUCGCGCCACGAAGCAGA